AUGGUUAUGGAGGUCUUAACCCUCACCCUUCGAAAAGCAGCUGACUUGGAUGGUUCUUUCAGAUUCCACAACAAAUGCGAAAAACAGAUGAUUAUCAAUCUUUGCUUUGCUGAUGACUUGCUCCUAUUCUCUCGAGGGGAUGUCAAUUUGGUUAAAGUUAUAAUGAGAUCGUUAAAGGAGUUUGAAGAGGUCUCGGGUUUGGUUCCUAGUAACUCUAAAAGCACUGUCUUCAUAUGUAAUGUGCCUAGUCGUACAAAGUCCAGAAUUUUGGAGUUGAUUCCGUUUGAGGAAGGUAAGUUGCCUAUCAAAUAUCUUGGAGUUCCAUUAUUGGCGUCGAGACUUUUAGUUAAAGACUGUAAAGUGCUUGUAGAACGAAUGAAUACGCGCAUAUUAGAUUGGAAAAAUAGAUUCCUUUCUUUUGCGGGCCGUCUCCAGUUGGUUAUCUCAGUUUUAUCAUCCAUUCAUGUCUAUUGGGCUUCUGUUUUUAUAUUACCGGCAAGUAUUAUAAAGGAGUUAGAGAGCAAAAUGAAAUGGUUCCUUUGGGGUCAUGGCACAGUUUCUAAAGGUAGAGCUAAAGUAGCGUGGAAAGAGGUUUGCCUUCCAAAAGUUGAAGGUGGUUUGGGGGUCAGCCUUCUUUCGGAUAGGAGUUCCUUGUGGACUUCAUGGGUCAAGCUUCACAGGCUUAAAGGUCGAAGUAUAUCGGAUAUUCCGAUUCAAGCCAGUGCAUCGUGGGGAUGGAAAAAAUUAUUAACAUGCAGGUUGCUGUUUCGGGAUUUCUUUUGGAGUAAAAUAGGCAAUGGUCAAAAUACGUUUGUUUGGUUUGAUAAAUGGUGUGAUGAUUGCCCGUUAGGGAAUGUGGUUACUCCUAGACAAAUGGCGAGAUAUGGGUAUAAUGUGAAGUCUAAAAUAGCUGAUGUUCUUGAGAAUGGGGUUUGGGCGUGGCCGGAUGAAUGGAGAUCAACAUAUCCGAUUCUGUUUCAGCUUCAAGCGUGUCACCUAUCCAAUGCAAAGGACCAGGUUUUGUGGAGAAAUUUGGAAGGAAAAUUAGUUCCGUUCACUUCUAAGGAGGUGUGGGAUCUCCCUCGCAAGGAAACCCUAAUACUCUCUCUAGCAAUGGCGAUUACUGAUCUUCACGCAACUCUACCUCUUUCAUCGUGA